GUUCAGCAUUAGACUGCGUUGCAACAACAUAGAAAGGCAGGGGUUAGUGGUGAAGUUGAAAAUGACUACUUCGAAGAAGUCCACUCUUGCUACAAGAGUGAAAUAGUAUACUUUUUAAAUUUCGGUUUUAAAGGGUUUUACCUUUAAAGGCAGGAGUUCUAUACAUUUGCAAUAAUUACAGCAUGGCAACUCGCGAGCUAAGACAGUACCGCCGGGCCGCUAUGAAUAUCAAGCAAGAGCAAGACGACGAUUCGGAUAACGAGGAGCCGAACCUGGUACUGAAAAAGUCGGAUGGGGACGGGUCACAAGUCAUUCACAGUGGCCACUUUAUGGUGUCUUCUCCGCACUUCGAACAUCCACCAAAAAAAGGUUACGACUUCGACACGGUCAACAAGCAGACUUGUCAGACGUACCACUUCGGCAAGACCAGCACCUCACAAUUCUCUAUUGACGCCUCUCUCACCAAACUCUUCGAGUGCAUGACCCUUGCGUACAGUGGGAAACUGGUGUCCCCAAAAUGGAAGAACUUCAAAGGCCUGAAGCUGCUGUGGCGGGAUAAGAUUCGGCUGAACAACGCCAUCUGGAGGGCCUGGUACAUGCAGUACGUGGAGAAGAGGGAGAACCCCGUCUGCCAUUUUGUCACCCCCCUGGAAGGAAGCAUCGUGUCUGAGGACCACCGGCAGGCAGAGGCAAUAGCCACAGAGGGAAAUUAUUGGAAGAGAAGAAUUGAAAUCGUCAUCCGGGAGUACCACAAGUGGAGGACUUAUUUCAAGAAAAGGCUACAGAAGCACAAGGAUGAAGACCUGUCCAGUCUUCUCAAAGGGGCGGAGGAGCAGCUCUCGCUGUUUGGGGAGGUGUUUCCAGACACCCUGCGUGUGUCCCUUUGCCAGGAUGAGGAGGUGGGGGCUGGGGGGGGGGCGGGCCGGCGGGGGGGGCGCAAGAGCCGCGAGUCGCCCGUUCCCAUGGAGAUGGACCCGCUCUUCGACAUGGACGUGCUGAUGUCCGAGUUCUCCGACACCCUGUUCUCCACCCUCGCCUCCCACCAGCCAAUCGCCUGGCCCAAUCCCCGAGAGAUCGCUCAUGCGGGUAACGCUGAUAUGAUCCAGCCUGGUCUGAUCCCGCUGCAGCCCAACCUGGACUUCAUGGACACGUUUGAGCCUUUACAAGACUUGUUUCACACCCUUCGUCAGCCGGCCUAUUCCUCCGCCUCCCCCUCCCCCUCCACGUCGACCGUCCCCCCAUCGCCUAGCAACAGCUCUCAGACUCAGACCUCAAUGCUGCUUCCGACCCUCUCUGCUGGGACCACGCCUGUCAGCCUGGAACACCGUCUCAUUGGCUCUCCCGCCUCCAUGGCCCCAGCAAUAGCCAAUCACAGCAGUGGAAGCUCGGCGGUCCUUGGCUACUCCCAGCACUACGUGCCGCAGUUCCACGGAGCCCUGCUCCCGCUCUCCAGCACCGCCAACGUCAACAUGACAGUCUCCGCUCACCCCGAGGCCCCGCCCCCCGGCCCAGGCCCCGGCCCCGGCCCCACCCUCGCCCCCACGCCCCUCCCUCUGCAGGGCCAGGUUUCCACGGAGACGACCCCCUCGUCCGUCAUCACGCACACGGCGUCCCCCACCAUCCCGCCCAGCGAGGCCGCCACCACCUUCAGCCACAGCUCCGGCUUCAGCCUUCCCAGAAUGCCCUGCAGGACCGCGCCGCAGCCCCAGCCGGCUCCGCCCACGCCCGCGACGGUCCAGACCUUCGCCCUGCCCAAACCCGUCCCCCCGCCCAGCACCAGCAAGAAGACCCGCCCCGUACAGAGGAUCGUUCCCGCCACCCCCAUCACCUCUCAACACCUCAUCCUAGCAGCUCCGUUUCCAGGACACCCCAAUGCUGUCCUCGUCAGCCCCAGCCCGUUAAACGCAGAUGUGAUCCCCCAAACAAGCGUGGUCAUCACCUCUUCAAUUGGACGGGCUCCAGGAUUCCACAUUCUGCCGCAGGCUCAUAAAUCUGCACAGCUGAUCGUGCCCAAAGAGGAGACGGCCUCCUCCUCAAACGGCAGCAAGCAGAUUCCCUCCACCAGCACAGUGCGGGACGGGUGCUGUUCAGGACAGGGGUCUCCCUGCCCCCCCGAUCAGGCGCCCAGCCCCCAGUCCCCCCUCAACAGGAACGAGUCCAACCAGAGCCGGAGGGUGAACCACAUUUCCGCCGAACAGAAGAGACGCUUCAACAUCAACAUCGGAUUCAAAACCUUGUGUGGUCUGGUGCCCACGCUCAAGUCCCAGUCAAAUCUGAAGCCUAUCAGCAGCGCGGCGACGCUGCAGAAGACGGUGGAGUACAUCGGGAAGCUGCAGCAGGACCGCCUCAGCACACAGGAGGAGGCCAGGCGACUCCGUCAGGAGAUAGAGGAGCUGAACGCCUCCAUCAGCUCGUGUCAGGAGCAGCUCCCAGCCACGGGCGUGCCCAUCACACGGCACCGCUUCGACCACAUGCGUGACAAAUUCGACGAGUAUGUGAAAAGCAGGACCCUGCAGAACUGGAAGUUCUGGAUCUUCAGCAUCAUCAUCAGACCUCUUUUUGAGUCCUUUAAUGGAGCCGUUUCCACCACCAGCACAGAGGAGCUGUGCCAGACCACCCUGCUUUGGCUGGAUCGGCACUGCUCCCUGCCCGUCCUGAGACCCAUGGUUUUGAGCACCCUUCGCCAGCUGAGCACCAGCACGUCGAUCCUGAGCGACCCAUCGCUGCUGCCCGAAGAAGCUGCUCGCGCUGUAGCCAACGUCCACCAGGGGGCAGGAGAGUCCUAGCCCCGCAGAGACCGGUUACCGCCGCUUCGUCCUGUUGGUGCUCCUCCGGAGACGUAGGGGGCGCUGUGCUUCCGAGCCUUCUUGUGACACACUGUGAGGCUCCCGGCUGAUUGGCACACUCUGUACCCUCUCUGGGUUGGCUGGCCUGGCCACACAGAAUCUUACCUCUUCAAAAGAUCGUCUUCAAGGGGUAAUUUGUUUUCAGCAGUCUCUUAGGCCAUUUAAUUUUCUUUUACCAUUUGCUGAAAAAAAAACAAAAAAAACAACAUUUUGAAGUACAUUAUGAAAAGAAACCAACACCAGCACAAUCGGUAAUCUCCGUGGCUACCUAAAAAGGGAAGGUGGUUACCUGUCCACCUCUUGCUGAAUUUAAAGCUUCAGGUUUGAGUCUUUGAGCUGGCCAUUUAUAAACCAAAGCUGCACGGUUUUAUGUAUGGCAAGCAAAUCCAAAUCCUUCUUCCAGAACCCGCAGUCCGCGGGCCGCGGGCGUGGGAACCGUUACCUCACCCGGCGAUUUGGGGCUUUGCGGCAGACGCCAUUUCCGCCGUGGACUCAUUCCACUGCUCAGCCCACCCGCGGACUCCACGCAUUCACACGGGAAUGAAAGCUUUCUGCCAAAUGCAAUGUUUUUAUCAUUUAGAAUUUGUUGUUGCUGGCUUCAUUUCAGUUGUUAUUUGGCUUGAGGUUUUUCAAGCGGUAUAGGUUUUUUUUUUUGGGGGGGGGGUUUUGUACACAACCACUUCCAGUAAUCUCAUGAUUGGUGGAGUUCACCACCAAUCAUGUGUGUAUAAGCUAAUCUUUCUAGUCAAUGUUUUUUUCGCAGUCCACAAAACGUAUUAGAACCGGGAUCCAAACUCUCAGUAAACCAUCUCCUUAAGUAUCGGCAUGCGUCUGCUGCUGCCUGCCCAGCAAAAUCUUUCCCCCCGGGAAUCGGUACCAAGGCCCGCAUUCACUAAAGCUGAAUACAGGAGCUGAGUCUGUUACUUUCAUAUGAGGUCAAUGACUAGUUCACCCAGAUGUAGGCGGCUCCACAACCUAGGGAUGUGGCCUUCUGUAGUUCACUACACAAACUGCGUAUCCGUGCACUACGCUCGUUUGUAGCAGCUCACCUGACAGAGUGGUGCGGUCAGGAUUUUAUUUUCAUACUUGUCUAAAUUGGACAGUGCUGGUAUAAACCAGGGGUGUUCAGUGUUAUCCGUAAGGGGCAGGUGUGGGAGCAGAUCUUUGUUUUAGCCCAGCACUAACACACCUGUUUCUACGCAACACAGGCUUGCGUGAAGACCAUGAUUAGGUAGUUGAAUCAGGUGCAGUAGCGCUGUGAUAGAUUGUCGCCUGAACACACAGCAGUCCUUUAGGAUAAGACUGGAGACCUCAGGUAUAAACCAUGAUUUACGAAAACCCACGCGCCCGCAGGAAGAACGCCCAGAGCAGUUCAGCUUCAUGGAGACAUGAAUCCUACCAUAUGCACCAUAAACCUGUACAUACCGGCCAUACAGUCCAGCUGAAAUAUGCAUGAUUUCAGUAUUGUUCUGCUCUGGUUGUUUUAUCGAAGAAAUCACGAGGGCAGGUAUCUUCCCAAAAUGGAUUAAAAGGGAUCGCUCAAAAACAAAAUAACGUACAUGAGAAUCUGCGCUGUUGUUUCAUCUGCCACCAUUUAUGAUGCGUGUGCUUUACACAAAAUGUCAAUAAUAAUAAAUUGGCCAUGCAAUUAUAAAA